GUUGCUUUUUUCGUAGAGUGCAGAAGUACGGGUCGCGUCAGAAAUUGAUUGAUAUGUUUUGUUUUUAGAAAUUAAAGAGUUAUUAACUAAAUAUAUACAUGCAACAACUAAAAAUAACCGAAGGGAGUUGAUGCGCCAUAGUCAGUCGUUUCGCGGUGUCGGGGAAGAGUGGUUUGUUUUUGAUCGCUUCGUAUGAGGUAAAAUUGCAAAAUGAUCGAGUAGUGGCUCAUGCGGGAAUUGUAAAACAUUUCAUCGAUUGUAAUUAUAAUUUGCUUGUGACCAUAUAAGAAGUGAUUCAGAAAUCGAAAGCCCAGUAAAUGUUUUAUUUUCGUUUAUAAUAUUGCGAGUCAACAGCAAAAUAGCAAAGCACAACGCUUUGCGGACCCAAAUAGUGUUUGUAGCGCGAGUUUUAUGGUUUUUUGUUCGACGGCCCUGAAAAAGCCAGUUUUCCAAUUUGUGUUUAAAAUAAUUUUAGAAUUUUCCAAAUCGACGCAAUUUCCGCUCACAAGAAAUGCAGUUCAAAGUGAAUAUGUGAGAAAAAAAAAUAAAAGAAAAGGCAGCAGCAGGCAAAGCAAAUAAAAGUCACGCGUGUUAGUGUGUGUGUGUGUAAGUGUGUGAUUGUGAUUCGAGUACACAAGCAAGAGGGAAGGAGAGAGAAAAAUUAAAUAAAACACAGAAAAGUCAAAACGAGUAGCAAAGUGCAAAAAGUAGAAUGAGAGACGACGAGGCAUUUAUACGAAAUUUAGUGAAAAAGUAAAAUACAAAUCCAAAAACAAAAAAAAUGUUAAAUUCAAUAAUGUGCAUUUAAGAAACGGUGAAAUACGGCAACGCAAACACAACAUCAGCAGCAGGCUAAAACGCAACAGUCGAAGACCAAUAACCACGGCCCCGCCUCUUCCCCCGCUCAUCGUAAACAGCGUUGUCGUACGCUGGCGUAUUUCUUUGUUUUGUUUGGUUUCUUUAUACGCUCACCCACACACGCACGCACGCAUCCGUCUUAGAGAAUACAAGGACAACGACAACACCAGCACCAUCUGUAGGAAUAGUAGAAGGACCAGCCGCACAGUGGAGCAGAAAUUAGGCUGUCAACAGCUGUGGCGGAGCUGACCAACAACAACAACAAUAACAAUGGACACAUUUCGCAAGUGGCUAAACAAACCAAAGGCUGAUGACAAAUCUUUGCUGGCUCGCUUCUAUCAUGCAGAUCGCUCACUUACAGCGGUGGCCAGUGAACUGGACAGUUUCGAUGGACGCGCCGAGCCGGAUCGAUGUUCCCGUUUGGUCAGCAGAUUGCGACAAAAUCAGGACAAAGUGCUGGCCAUAACAAAUUUAAUAAUGGAAGAACUUCUCGGCGAAGAUCGUGAUCCGCGUGCAUUUCGUGCAAAAUUUCCCGAAGAAGUGCUGCAGGAGAAUCUGGCCGGUCAAUUGUGGUUUGGAGCAGAGUGCCUGGCAGCCGGCUCUUCAAUUUUGAAUCGUGAGACGGAGAGCAAAGAGAUGCGUCCCCUGGCCCAGGCGGUGACCAAAAGUCUGGGCAAUGUGCGUGUCCUGUUGCGUGAUCAGUGCCUGCGGAACAAUGUGCCGAACAGCAAGACAUUGCAUUUGGAUUUCAAUGACUGCACGACGGAACAGCUCUACGAGAGUCUCAAGAUCUUCGAUCGCCUGUUUGCCGAAUUCGAGUUGAGCUAUGUGAGCGCUAUGGUGCAGGUGAAAUCGCGUCAUGAGUACGAAAUGCAACAAUGGAUCGGUGUGCUGUUCUCGGAAACAUUGCAACGGGCCUUGAAGAUGGGCCUGCUCGAUCAGGAGAUGGUCGAUGCCUUUGACCCGGGCCUAAUGUUCUCUAUUCCACGUCUGGCGAUUGUAGCUGGUUUGGUGGUCUAUAACAAAGGACCACUCAACAUGGACAUGCCGGGGGAUCAGUUGUCGGAAAUGUUUCGACCAUUUCGCACCAUUCUCAUCAAGAUUCGUGAUUUGUUACGCAAUCUAAAUCAGCAAGAGCUCUAUCAACUGGAGAAAUUGCUAUGCACCAAUGAGGAUAUUAACACAAAGGCUCCCCUCGGUUCGAGUAGUAUUGAAGCGCCCAGUCAACAAGACUAUAGCACAGCAAACACACACAGGACUUUGGAGCGAUUGACGGUGGAUCAGCGCAACAAUAAUAAUAAUAUUAAUAACAAUAGUAGUAGCAGUAGCAACAGCAACAGCGGUGCUCCUUCUGUACAGGAGGAUGCUAAUCACCGUUCUCCGUCCAUGUUGUCACUGUCCACCGCUUCGCCAACACCCUCACACUCCAUUGGCUCGACUUUUUCGGCGGCAACAAGUUCCACAAAUCCACCAGUCAAUUGGAGUGACGGAGAUGAUGCAGACGACGAUGAUGAUGGUGAUGAUGAUGAUGAGGACGACGACGACGACGUCGAUGAUGAUCUGGUGGGUAAUGAUGAUAGCGAUGAUGAUGAUGAUGAUACAACGGAUGAACAUUUACUGGAUGAUAUUGUGGCAGCCGAUUGUGCCUCUGGCUAUCUUAUACCGAAUACGAAUCUGGGCAAUUUGUUACAACCUCAACAAGUUACGCUCACCGAUAAUUUUGUGGCCAGCGACGAUGAUGAUGGUUAUGGACAGGUAGCAGCAGGAGCAGGGAAUGAUGAGGAGCCCAGCACAAGUGCUGCCACCCGGCAUAUGCAACGUUUGCAUCUGCCAAGCAGUGAUAGUUACGGCGAUGCCGAUGGCAGCCACAACAAUACAACGACAAUCAAAUCUCCUGAUUCUGAUGGGCAACAGCAGCAUCAGCAGCAUACCAGCAGUCGGCAGCGUCAUAGUCAUCACCACCACCGUCAUCAUCAUCAUCACCAUCGUCAUAGUAGUCAUAGUAGUCAUAGCCAUCACCACCAGCAUCAGCAGCAUCAUAGCCAACCACAUCCACAUCGCACCACUCGCAGUGGCCGCAAACGUUGCAGCCUGGAGUCGCCCACGGAUGUGGAUGUCACUGUUGUGCAACCAGAGCCAGAGCCAGAGCUGGUCAGUGCCAGUGCUGACAAUAGCACAGCCUCCUCGCUAUCCGAUGACAUCUCCUUGGCCAUGCGUAAUACAACGGCACGCCUCAAAUUCAAGAGCACUGAGAAUCUGCUGCAUCGCCUGUUUGUUUGCAUUGCCGGCGUAGCUGAUCAAUUGCAAACGAAUUUCGCCUCAGAUUUACGCCAAAUAUUGCGAAGUGUGUUCCUCAUGAAUGUGUCCUCGUCUCAGGAGGAGAUUGAUGACAUACCCGAAAAGACAAAGGAGUCGGAACUGUUUGAGUUUCGUGCCUCCGAGAAUGAUGUGAUACAAGAGAGCGCUGGCUCUAACCAAAGCAUUUACUCAGCCGAGGAAGUAAAUCCCGAGCUGGACAAUGUGUUCAGCGCCAGUGGAGCUCGUCAUUCUGCUGGCGCCAGUAUGCAACGCAAUCACACAACAAUCGACAACAACAAUAGCACCUCAAGUAGUCCGCCAGAUGCAACAAUAACAACAACAACAACAACCACGACAACUCGUAGUCAUGUGACACGAAGCCGUAGUCUGGGCGAUCAGGAGGUUGUUGCCUCCGCUGCGGCAGCCGCUGCUGCUGCAGUAAACGAAGAACGUGAGAUGCAGCGUCAACGUAAUAAUUCCGUGGGUAGCAAUACACCAUCUAGUGCCUCCUCAUCCGCAACAAGCUCAAGCUCGGAGCAGAAUUCGCCUGUCAGUAUGCGCAGUGGCACUGGACGUCGUCGGCAUCAGAGCAACAAUGAAACACAAAUGCCCACGACGGCGACGACGACGACAACAACAGGAACGGGGACACUGGCGCCUCCUGCUUGGAUACCCGAUGGCAAGGCUCCACGUUGCAUGUCCUGCCAGACGCCAUUCACUGCCUUCCGUCGACGUCAUCACUGUCGCAAUUGCGGUGGGGUUUUCUGUGGUGUCUGCUCCAAUGCAUCUGCUCCGCUACCCAAAUAUGGUCUAACCAAGGCGGUGCGUGUCUGUCGUGAUUGUUAUGCGCGUGAAAUUCGCUCCAGCGGGGGAGGAGGAGGAGGUGUAGUCCAAAUGCAGAGACAACAGGCCGCCAAUAGGCCGCAAACUGCAAGCGCCUCUUAGGAUUGGCUCCUGGCGCUGUUAGCAGGCGCUACACAUGACCAAAAAGAAAAUCAAGAAAAGCAAAACUGUGAAUCGCGCAAUAUCUUUGGAAAUAGUUUUCUCUGCUAUCCUGCGUUAUCCUAGAAAUCAACAAGCAACAACAGCAAACAACUAAACCUUGACAAGACCUAUACCACGCACAAAAUAAUCCGAGUGCAUUCCCAAUAUAGAUCGCAUACAUCUUAGCUAUGUACUAUAUACCUACAUACAUAUAUAUAAAUAUAAUAUAUUUUUUAUUUAGAAUCCAAUGACCAUCUAGAUGUACAAUAAAGAAUUUUUCGAUUCGUGUAAACCAACAAUAAACCCCAUCCCAACCCC